AGUAAUUAUUUAUAUUAUAUAUUAAUAGCAAAUAGAGAUGAAUUAUUACAAAUGUUUAUCUAAAAUAUAAUUUAUGGUUUCUGUGCUGAGUUGUAAUAUUUGUAAUUGAGAGAAGUUCAUAGAAAGAUUAACUUUAUAAAAGAUUCAUACAAUAUCGAAAUCACUUUGACCAAAGAACUAUGUAAUAUAUAUAUAUCUAAUAAUAUAGGUAAAUAUGCUGAAACACUAAAACCUAUUCAAUUUGUAAAAUAAAUGGAAGCAUAAGAUCUAUUAAAUGAAGUAUUAUCUUUUGGUGAAUAUCCUAUAAAUGAAGCUAAUGAUAGCUACUUUAACAGAUGGAAAACUAAAUUUGAAGAAAAAUUUUCAGAAUAUAAAAAAACAUGAU